UCUUGUUUUCACUAAUCACUACCUCUCCCAACACCACACUCGAAGCGAAGAUGGAUUUCCACAGCCUUCUCAGAAGAGAUCUUCAAUUUCUCUGCAAGAUCAACAAAAUCCCAGCUAACAUGACCAACCUCGCCAUGGCCGAUGCUCUUAAAUCUCUUGAGACUGUUGAAGGUCUUGAUGAAUACAUGAAACAGUCCGGCUCCAAUGUUCUUCAGUCUCCAACCAGUGUAGCUAAGCUUCCGCCAAGUACUGCAACGAGAGUAACCCGAAGGAAGACCACCGCUGUAAAACCUGAGCCUCAGUCAUCUCGUUUGACGACGAUCAAGUCUCUUGAUGGAGACUUGGACCAAGAAAACAUGAUCAAGAAUGUCAUUUUUGAUGUGGCUAAGACUCCUGUAGUGAGAAGCACAAGGAAGGCUUCGGCAGCAGCUUCUUGUGGCAGCAAAGCUCAGGAGAGUAAGAAGGUUGAGUUGGUCCAGUCGGCGUACAGCACAAGGAGAUCAACAAGGCUGUUGGAGAAAUGUAUGGCUGACUUGAGUUUGAAGACUAAAGAAACCUUGGAUAAAAAACCUGAGAGAAUUGAAGAAACAGAACAAGAAGUGUCUGCACAGGAGAAGAAUCCAGCUGGUUCAGAGGAGAGAACUGAGGAUGCUGAGAUUAUCUUAGGAAGAGAUUUAAGUGCUUCCAUGGAAAAAGAAUGGGAGGUGUUGAAGAACGAUGAUGAUACUCCUCCUGUCUUGGAACAUGCCAACACUGAGACAACUGAUGACAAUAAAGAGUCCAAGAACCUUGAAACUUUCGAGAGUUUAGUACAAGUCGAUCAUCAAGUGACAGAACAGGCUGUGGAGGAGAAAGAUUCCGAGCCUGAGAAGACCAACACUUUCCAUGAAGAAACAAUGGUGGACCAAACCGACGGUGAUUCAGAAGCUGAGUCGGAAGGAGAUGAUUCUGGUGUUGACUCAGACGGCACUAUCUCCGAAGCUGAUUCAGACCAAGCCGAUCACCAAGAGAUAGAAGUGGUGACUCAGGAGAAUGAUUCCGAGGCUGAGAAAAUCAUCACUCUUGAUGAAGAUACAAUGGUGAAAACUGAUGGUGAUUCAGAAAGUGAGCAGGAAGGAGACGAUUCUGGCAUUGACUCGAAUGGCACAAUCUCUGAAGCUGAUUCAAACCAACUCGACCACCAAGAGACAGAACAGGCGACUCAGGAGAAUGAUUCUGAGACUGAGAAAAUCAACGCUUUUGAUGAAGACACAAUGGUGGAACAAACUGGUGGUGAUUCAGACAUUGAGUCGGAAGGAGAUGAUGAUUCUGGUGCUGCGUCGGAUGGCACUAUCUCUGAAGCUGAUUCAUACCAAGCCAUACAGGGAACUGAUAUUGCUGACGGAAAGGUGAUUCUACCUGAGUCAGAAGGUUCUAUUACGGCUCCAACUUCUCCUCUUGUGCUUGAAGAGGCUCCAGUAGAAACAGCUCCAUUAUCUCCAUUUGUGGCAGAAGAAUCAGUCUCAGCUCAGUUUCCAAGACCAAACAAAUCAGCAUCAAAGAACUCGGCUAUGAAACUGGUCGAUGUGGAUAAUACGAGCAAGGAGAACAGCAUGGAGAUGAUGAUGAUGAUGAAUGUUGUUAAUGGAGAGAGCAAAGGUGAGGAGGCUGCAAAGAAGAAUGAGAAGGUGGACAUUGAUGAAGAGAACUUGAAAGAUGUUAGCAUGAGGAAACUUGUGAAGAUGGUGAAGGAACUCUCUAUAAAGAGUAGUAACAACAGAACUGCUUUGCAGAUGUUGCCUGGUAAUAAUCAGAUUGCUGAGUAGUGUGGUGACCCCAAAACUGCGUUUUUAUUUUAUGUUGUUGCCUCUCAGACAGAAAAAAAAAACUGAAAAACAUGUGUUUGGUAUGAAUAAAAUCUCAAAUUCAGUAACGGUUAAGAUUAUUAA